UCGAAUGUCAAUUUUAUUGUCAUUUGUAUUUAUUUUUCAUUUCACUUCAUCUGCAAUUUACAAUUACAAUAAUUUCGAGAAAUAAUUCAGCACUAACACUAAAAUAACCUGAUAUUGUGUAAAUAGGUAUUCUCCUACAUUGUUACGAAAAAUAUUCGAUAAUGUCACUUUUCGUAAAAAACUUCGUACGCCGGGUCCUCACACCAGCCGUGUCUGUGUCAAAAAAAUCAUGUUUUUCAACCACUAGAGCUACUUUUACACCUAAAAUACAGAAGCCUGCACCAGAUUUUGCAGCCACAGCAGUUGUUAACGGUGAAUUCAAUCAGCUACGUUUGGCAGACUUUUCUGGAAAAUAUGUUGUCCUUAUGUUCUACCCUCUAGACUUUACUUUCGUCUGCCCUACAGAACUGAUAGCUUACAGCGACAGAGCAAAGGAAUUUGCUGGUAUCGACUGCCAAGUUAUUGGAGUGUCUACUGAUUCAGAAUUCAGCCACUUAGCUUGGACCAACACUCCUAGAAAGGACGGUGGUUUGGGGAAGAUUGAUAUUCCUCUGUUAGCAGAUUAUCAAAAGAAAAUCUCAAGUGACUAUGGUGUGCUUCUGGAUGCAGGAUUUGCGUUGCGUGGCCUGUUUAUCAUCGACAGAAAUGGCAUACUGAGGCAUAUGUCAAUAAACGACCUGCCGGUAGGCCGGUCAGUGGAAGAGACGUUGAGGCUUGUGAAAGCCUUCCAGUUUGCUGAUAAACAUGGUGAAGUAUGUCCAGCUAACUGGAAUCCAGAUACCAACGCCGACACAAUCAAACCCAAUCCGAAAGAGAGCAAAGAGUAUUUCCAGAAGGCGAAUUAAAACACAUUAAAACUACAACUUAACUAAAGAUACUUCUUACACUUACUUCUUAUACUUUUUUGUGAUCUACCCUACCAAACAGCAUUUAUUUCAUUAAAGAAUGAUAGCUUAACCAGAAAUAUAAAAAACCUGUAUCUUAAGUAUUAUUUAUUUAGCGGUUUGGCUCUAUUAUCUCUAUAUUAUUUGUUUUUAACUAGAGAUUGCAAUACUAAAGUCCGGCCGCUCAGUGAUUGCGUUUCUGACAGGUCAUGAUCGAAUUGGCGAUGUAACUUUGAACUGGCGUAAGUACAAGGUUGUUGAACUGCGCUGUUUCAAGGUUAUGCCAACUGUUUGUCUUCGUAGUGAUGAGACAAAAUAACGAGGCAGUUGUAAUUGCAUAUGUUUGUCCCAUUCGAUCGCGACCUGUCAGAAACGCAAUUUCUGAGCGACCGAACUUUAACAGACACUUUGUAACCUAACCUAACCUUAGAAUUAUAAACUCUGUACAGACUUGUUAAUCUAUGGCCCUUUACUAUACCCAGUCCAAAGCUGGCAAAAAGAUUUAGAUUAUUUUGGAAUUAUGACAAAAACAGCGAUCUGAAUCAAAAUGUUCUAUUUUAGAUGUAUAUUAAAACCUAAUGUGCAGUAAAAUCCAUUCCAGUCUAAAACUUAGACAUAGAAAACAACAGGACGUAGUGACAUAAUUGAAGGCAAUUUUUUUCAUAAGUAUUCAGUUUUCUGUUUGUAUUGCAAUCUCCAAUAAAAUAUAAGUUUCAGAUGACUUUAUAAUUAGUUGUUAGUGUUGCCAUUUUGACGUCGAAUAAACGGUGAAUUUUCUUAGAAGUUCUGCAAUGCAGGCAAGGUUGGGUCAUAUGUAGAGCGCACUCUAACGGUCAUUACUAAAAAAAACGGUAUUUGAGGAUUUUAUUCGGAGUUGCAGGCGUAGUAUUAUAUAAAAUUUAAGAGAAAUUCGUCAAUUUUAAUCUCAUUCAAAUAACAAUUUCUGAUAUUUGAAUUUGAAAAUGAAUUAAUUGGUCAAGAACGCCUUCUUCAUUCUGACAAAAAUAUGCAGAAAGGCUACAAAGGAAAUAAAAGCUAAAGGCUAAAGGUAAUAAAAUUAAUGACAUUUGCUAUUGAUAGGUCACGUGAUUAAGAUCUGUCACUCCCAUACAUUUUUCUAGUUUUCGAAGCGUUUGCGAUCGUAGAAAGAGAAUCAUUUGCACAAGAAUUGUGCCACUUGGCUAAAGGGGUUGGUAUUAUAUUCAAUAAUUAAUUACUGUGCAUAUUAUUUGGAUACAUUAAUUUGGACAGCAAUUUUUUUUUUCCUUGUACGGCCAAUGCGAUCAGUCCCAAGACUAAACAAAUAUGUUGCGAGUGUCUUUGUCUUCGCUCGUCGGCGCUCAUUUGGUGCGUCCUGUUUUUCAAAUGUCCAGGUCAGUAUGCGUUUACGUUUAAGACGCCUCGGACAGUCAUCAGUCAAGAGUCUGUUUGCCAAGAUAUUAGGAUGAAUAAGGAGUCGCUUCUUGUAUCUUUUGGCUAGCCCCUAACUUCAUCCUUUACUGUGCUAAUUUGCAAAUUGUGAUGUAGUUCCUCAUUCGUUAUAAACCACAGACAGUAAAUAAAACAAUAAUUUAUACAGUUAUUUAUA